UAACGCUCCUUCAAAAUGACUUCUUUUGAUUCCAAAUGCAUGUUAAGUAAGGCAGAGAGUGUUGCCAAGGAGUCGGAAGGGAUGACAUAACCAGUACGCAGCAGGGAGUUGCAAAUAUCUCUCCUGGGACAAAAGGUCCUCUAAUUGAUUCCCGUUUACACCCUGCCGAUUAUUUAUGUGAUAAUGAAAGCAGACGUUUAAAGUACGUCAGCACAAAGGUGUUAAAUAUAUACAAAUGUGAGUCAUUUUAGUUGAGUGGUAAUGUGACUUAAAAGAGUACUGAGCUGAUGCCCAACAUGGCAUUGUUGUGCCUUUGCUGAAAAUAGAAACAAGUGAACACUCAGGAUGUGAUGCAAUGCAUGGAAAAAGGCUUGUCUGGCAGGCCGGGUUCUGGUGAGCCAGCCUGCUGCCAGCUGGUCUGUUUUCAGAGCGUCUGUGAUGCGCUUUCCCAGUCUACUUUUGAAUGUAGGUCAGACCUGUAUUUGGGUGACGGAACGUACAAACGGGCAUACAAGGCUACUUAGAUUGACUUUGACCUAAAGAGAAAACAUUUCUGCAGGGCUUGCUCAUUUGUCCUAUAAAUGAUGUGUGAUUAACAGAACACAGCAUUGAAGCUGGAUCCUCAGGGAGCCCCAAAGUAGACAGCCUGACCUACAUCUUCUGUACGCCACUGUGAUGAGAAGUGCUACAGCCUGACGGGCUCCACAAAUGUGCAAAACAUUUGGGAAGACACUAGUAAACUCCAAUUCCCUUCCUGAGAGACUCCAGAGACUUGCAGUGUGCCAAGAAAACCAAACAUCUUGAAAAAUCCAAGCUCAAUUCUUUUUUUUCUUCUUUUUCUCGUGAAAAAUAAGUUCAAUGUCUGAAGUGUUCAUGGAGUUCCACCUGUUUUUAAUCUUCUUGGCUAAUUUGGACACUUGAGCAUUCUGAUCGAGGAAACGAGUGGCAAGAGAAAUCAAUGAGGCUCUCUCUUCGAUUUGCACCAAUACCUCAUUCGGAAGUCUUUGCUGAUCCCACAACAUAGUGAGAAUAGCUAACAAAGCCUUUGUGUGAUACCUGUGCAUCUUCGCUACACACUUGCUGGAGUUCAACUCCGGCCCCCGCUUGGAAAAAUGGAAAACCUGAGUCUACACAUCUCAUCCACCAGCAACAAAAAUGCCAUGGAGGUUGACAGUUUUACGAGUUAUAGUGACCUCCCAUCCCCUCUUCCAGAGGGCGGGGCACGGGCCAGCCGACAGGCUAAGGGUUCCAAGCCUACUGUGGCAUCCCGGCGCAAGCGGGAAUUCAUCUCUGAUGAGAAAAAGGACGAUUCAUAUUGGGAAAAACGAAGGAAGAACAACGAAGCAGCAAAGCGCUCAAGGGAAAAACGUCGCCUGAACGACAUGGUUCUAGAGAACCGGGUCAUGGCCCUGAAUGAAGAGAAUGUUCGUCUAAAAACAGAACUGCUUCAGCUCAAGUUGCGCUUUGGACUCAUCAGCACAGCGUCCUACAUGGAGAAGAGCCAGCAGAUCGCUAGCAGCGUAGCUACUGGUAACACAAGUAGCAACGGGAGCAGCACCAGCGGCACCCCCAAUAACGCCUACCUCUCAAGUAGCGGCUACUCCAGUGCAUCCCAGGUGAUGCUGAACUCGGACUCUUCUGAAACCGAACAGCCCAGCCGCGGUGAGCGCCACUCAGCGCUUACCAAGUAUUCUCCUCGGGGAUCUGUGUCAGACUUAUCUGAUGGCUCCUCAAGGGACAGCCCCGAACCUUUGGGCUACAACAUAAAGAAGGAGCCUCACAACAUGGAGUUGGUAAGGCUGGAAAGCACGGGACUUUCUGCCGGCAUGACCAACGGAUUGCCAAGCCGUGUUUACCAUGGCAUCCAUCCCGCUUUGAUGUCUCCUCACCAGCAGAGUACGCAAUUGGCUGAGUCUGCCAUAGACUACCAGCAGGAGCAGGGCCUCAUGGAGGCCUCCACUUCCACCUCCCAAGCCACUUCGUCACAAAGGAGUGUCAUCCUGUAUCGCUCCAGCAGCGGGUGUUACCCCAUGGAGAGCCACAGGCCAGAUGAGCAGCAGAGCAGGAUGCAGCACGGCCAGCACACCUCCAACUCAAAGUUCUCUGAAUGUUCCGUGACCGUCGCCGAGGUCGCCGAGAAGCUGGAGAGAACAAAGACCAUGGACUGUGAGCAGUAUGAAUACUCUGAGGAGCCGUUGGCACGGAACCAUGGCCAACAGCAGCACCAGAGUCAUCACGGGCCUUACAGGUGCCGGUCUCAGGAGAACAGCCUUGAGCAAGCUGAGAGCCGGAACCCCUUUGCUCCCAAUCUGAUUCACAGCACCGAGGAGGGCAUGUCGGCGUUCUCGCAGCACAACGGCUACCUCCACACAAUGGACGAAGAGCCUCCAGUUCUCACCUAUGAGGGAGGCCCUAGAACCGAUGGCUUCUACCAAGAGAAUUCCUCCGCUAAAGACACAUCAUCUAGCGACGGGGACCCCCGAAGCUCCGACAAGGAGGCUUCAACUGAUGAUGAAUCCCCCUCCUCCUCAUCCUCAGACAUCAGCAGCUACCACCAGAAAGCUUCAGCGGCUGUCGGGCCGCACGGGGAGAGCCAAUUUGAGGUCAAAGCAACUGCCCUGCCCCACAAGCUGCGCCUCAAGAACCGAGCCAUGUCCACUGGGGCGACGAACGUGCGGAUGGAGGUCUGCAUGGGCGUCUCCAUGUCCCCAUCCCCUACGCUGCCGCAACACCCUUACUUGGCACUGCCUAGCAACUCUCACAGCAGCCAGGUCAGCAGUGAGACCAGAGAGGCAGAGAAUGAGGCUGAGUAGACUGAGGAGAUCAGGCCAAGGCCUGAUGCGAAAUUGGACUCUCAAAAGGCAUCCAGCAGUGGUUCGAAGCGCGUUUAAGAACAGUUGGGAGAUGCUCGAGCUUGCGCAACGAGAACUCCAUUCGUGCUGUCGGCAAAAAUGAGGCCUAGCUAGGAAAUAGUUUCCAUCCACUUUCACUGUCACCUAGGGCUGCUCGAUUAUGAAUAAAAUCAUAAUCACGAUUGUUUUUGAAAUUGGAACAGCAUUUAUUGAAUAUGUUUGGAACAGUAUUUAUUGAACACGUUUAAAAAAAAUAAUAAUAAUAAAAAAAAAAAGACACACGAUGGGGUGUGGUGUUUGAGUUGCACAUGCGCGUCUCAGAACGGAAACACCAAUUUUUUUAUUUCUCCUGGAUUGUAUUUUGAGAUUGGAGCCAAAAUCGUAAUCAUGAUUAAAAGUCAAUUGAGCAGCCUUACUGUUUCCCUUUAUUAUCUCCUACCUCCCACGUGUCCCUCCGGUUUAAAGAACACAUCAGUCACUGAGGGAGGUGACAGAAUGAGAACGUUUUAGUCUGGGGUAGUUCUGGCCAGCGUACACAUCUAUUGUGGCAUUAUAAGAACAUUUCUUUGACCAAAGAAUUUUUUUCUGUCAUCUUUUAUUGGUACAGUAACAAUCCUUUUUCAAUAAGAGUCAGUCCUAUGCCUGUACACACAUACACAUAUACACACACACACACACACACCUCCUUUUCACUUCAAGCACUUAGAUUGUAAAAUUUGUGACAUACAUUUGCAUACUUGAGGUAUAUAUUUUAAAAAGAAAAUGCGGCAAAAAAAAAAAUUGGAUGGAUAUGUCUUGUACUUUAAUGUGCUUAACUGUUCAGACAAUUUACAGAGUAAAUGCCUCAAAGAUCUAAAGCAGUUAAAAAAAAAAAAAGACAUCCACACUCAAUGAACGAAUCAACUUUGGUUGCUGUUUUGGGCGAUUUGAUCGCUAUAACACCAACCAAAAACGUCCCAAACAUUCGAGUCCUUUGGUCAUAUCAGUUAAGGCUAUGCAGUGCUGACAAGCACAAGACGAGCCUUGCUGGCUACACAACAGAAUGGGCACACCUUCAUGUUGUAGGUGUCUAAUAGAAAGAUGACUCAUUUCAAACCAGCAAAGCUGCUAUGGUUUUCUCCUAAGGUGCCUCUUUUAUUGUGCCGUCCGUCUCUUGUCACAUUUUCACAUUGGCCGGCAACUUCUCAAGCAGGGCUUUGUCAUUCAACAUCCAGUGGGGUAGAGUCACUUCGAAGUCAUCCAUUGAAUUAAAAUGAAUUCUGAAUUUUGAACAGCCCUGUUACCAAACCCAAUGUGCACAGAGUUCAAGCAGUCGCACAAAAGCAAACAAUCUUUUGAACAGUUUUCCUUCCAGGUGCCUGCCUUGGCCACUAUGUAUAAAUGUAAAGUUGUCUCGAUCACUUGUAUACUGCGCUCACUAUUUGUAUUAAUUAUUUUCUAUUAUAUUUGGUUAAUAUUUUGUCUAUUACAUGUAAUUUUAUUGUCCUCUUGUUGUGUCAUUUUGGUCUUCCCGGUUGUGCUGUGUAAUUUGCUCAUGCUACCCAAUGCAAUGAUUUGUACUCCGUGUUACUGUGUAAUCUGUAUCGUUCACCUCAACUUGUGCGGAAAUGACACCCCCAAAAGAGAAGCUUGUCCAUAAAGUGAACGUUUUGCUCCACUUCACAUGGAUAUGCGCAAAGGUGAAAUGAAAAAUGUGCUUUAUUUUGAUUGUAAAGGUUGAAAAUUGGGAAGAAUAAAAGGCUGUUGAAACGUCA